CACACCAUACAACUCCUCCUGCCGUAUAUAAGCCUCUCACUCAUCCUCCUCGCCUUUCUGCUAGGGUUUCCGUCUUCUCAACACAGCAGCAGCCACCAGAGACACACAGAGCUCCAUUCGAAAAUGGUGAAGGGACGUCAAGGAGAGCGCAUCAGACUGUAUGUCCGAGGUACCGUCCUGGGAUACAAGAGGUCCAAGUCGAAUCAGUACCCGAGCACGUCGCUGAUUCAGAUCGAGAAUGUGAACACCAAGGAGGAUGUGGCGUGGUACGCCGGGAAGCGGCUGGCGUACAUCUACAAGGCCAAGGUGAAGACGAACGGCAGCCACUACCGUUGCAUUUGGGGAAAGGUCUCCAGGCCUCAUGGGAACAGCGGCGUCGUUCGCGCCAAGUUUACGUCGAAUCUUCCCCCGAAAUCCAUGGGAGCUAGAGUCAGGGUUUUCAUGUACCCCAGCAACAUUUGAGGUACGUGGCUAAUGUAGAUGAUGGAAUGCAUUGGAGGUGGAGCAUUUGAAGUUUUGGUUUAACUCUAUCUAGAAUCGUGUUCAGACUUUCAAAAUCUUCUUGUUCUCGUGAAUGUAAGACAUUUACUAAGAUGCUUGUUACUAGUUUUGAAUAUGCCUCUUGUUAAACUCUAUGUUUAUUUGCGUUCCAUGUGAAUUAUUUCCAAGUUAUUCA